GCGACUCUGUUGCAGACCCACACGCUCGGCCACUUUGUGUAGCAUCACUUUCUUUUUCGAAAGUGCUCUUAUUCACAAUUACAACAAUUCGUGGGAGGACCUAUUGUCAUUGCUACAGAAGGCUUUGUGGUUGUGCACGACGUCAGACAAAAUCGUGCCAACUUUCUCAACAUCUCCACUUUCCUGGAACGGGUAGACGGAGCGACUUUUGGGACGCAAGCUUCGAAAUAUUUCGCCGUGUGGUACUUCUCGCGGAGUGAGACAUCUUCCCGCAGACGGGAAACCUGAAACAUAAGCUUGAUUGCUAUUCACCAUGAAAGGCUUCAGGCAAAGAGUUCAUGAUCAGCUCUCGCGCGCCAAAGACCCAAACAAGUCCUCGAAAUCUAAGAACAAGGGUGACUCAAAGGAUGGGACUUCAUCGCCGUCUCAGGCAAAUUCGGCGAGAGAAGCGACACAAUCCCCAAUAACAACCCCAUCCUCGUCCACCACAACCCUGAACGAUCCUCGGAAUAAGCCUCUUCCCCCAAAUGAUGGUGGUGCCUCGAAUCCAAGCAACUCAAGUCCGGCUCUCCAGCCACAAUCUGGGUCUAUCAGCUCCCUCAAUCCUGGACAUGGAGCUGGACAAGACCGAUUUAAUGGUAUAAGUGGUGGUCCACCAGUUGGAGGACCUGGUACUCCAAACCGUCAUGGACAACUUCCCCCAAGUGUCAUUAUUAGCCCUAGCGCACCUCAUAUUCCUCCCCCGGGCGCCGCAGAAACAAUGCCUCACGAUCUCGCCCCACCUAAGGCUGGUCAGAAGUCGUUGAUAUAUGAUCGACUACAGACGACCCCAAAAGACGUCCCCGAAGGCAUCAGAACUCCCAAGAGACAGCACUCCUCCCGAUUCGACAUUUCCCCACAGCGAGAACUAGAGAAGCUUCCAGGUUUCCAUGAAGUUCCUCCCAACCGUCGACAGGAUCUCUUCAUGCAGAAGAUCGAUCAGUGCAAUGUUAUAUUCGACUUCAACGAUGCCAGUGGUGACAUGAAGUCAAAGGAGAUUAAGAGAUUAGCGCUUCAUGAGCUGUUGGAUUACGUGGCAAAUAACAGACAAGUAAUCACCGAAGCCAUGUACCCACGAGUGGUGGACAUGUUUAGCAAGAAUCUGUUCCGUCCCAUUCCACCACCAAUGAAUCCUCAGGGAGAGGCUUUCGAUCCCGAGGAAGAUGAGCCCGUUCUAGAGGUGGCUUGGCCCCACAUCCAGGUUGUGUAUGAAUUUUUCCUGAGAUUCAUUGAGAGUCAAGACUUCAAUACGAACAUCGCCAAAGCCUACAUAGAUCACAGUUUCGUGCUUCAACUCCUGGAAUUGUUCGAUUCCGAAGACCCCCGCGAGAGAGAUUUCCUCAAGACCACUCUGCACCGAAUAUACGGCAAGUUCCUCAAUCUGCGCUCUUACAUACGAAGAUCCAUCAACAAUGUAUUCUUCCAAUUCGUUUACGAGACGGAACGAUUUAACGGUAUUGCGGAGUUGCUUGAAAUCCUUGGUUCGAUUAUCAACGGAUUUGCUCUACCAUUGAAGGAAGAGCACAAGUUAUUCCUAACGAGAUCCUUGCUCCCACUUCAUAAAGUGAAAAGUUUAAGCAUGUAUCACCCUCAGCUGGCGUAUUGCAUCGUUCAGUUCCUCGAGAAAGAUGCCGCGUUGACAGAAGAGGUUGUGCUUGGUUUGCUCCGGUACUGGCCAAAGACCAACAGUACGAAAGAGGUAAUGUUCUUGAACGAAGUCGAGGACAUUUUCGAAGUCAUGGAUCCAGCCGAAUUUGCCAAGGUUCAGGAACCCCUUUUCCACCAGCUCGCCAAGUCUGUCGCCAGUCCCCACUUCCAGGUCGCAGAAAGAGCCCUCUAUUUCUGGAAUAAUGAGUACUUCUGCAAUCUGGUCAGCGACAAUGUCGAGAUUAUCCUCCCAAUUAUGUUUGCACCAUUGUAUGAGAACUCGAAAGGACAUUGGAACAGGACAAUCCAUGGAAUGGUUUAUAAUGCCAUGAAGCUCUUCAUGGAGAUCAAUCCUCAGCUCUUCGACGAUUGCUCUCACGAUUACACCGAACACCAGAACAAUGCAGAAGCCCGAGAAACAGCGAGAGCCAAUAAGUGGAAAGCUUUAGAAGAGCAAGCAAAACGUGGCUCGGCAAAUGGCAGCGUCCGGCCGUCAGCGACAAGCAUAUCUUCCUCCCGAUCGAAAAAGGUCGACGAACUUGACCCGAUUACCGAAGACAACCAGAAGAGGCUGGACUCAUUAAAACUUCAGGAUGGAGAUCGGAGAGAUAGAAGGCCAGCUCACGAUCGACAAAAUUCGGUAGGCUCCUCCAGAAGCCAGCGAUGAUUGUCUUAGUACUAUGCCGCUUCAUUCUGCGUUCAAGGAUAGCCUUUCGUGGAAGUUUUGUCACGGGAUAGAAUUGUUGGC